CAAGGACGUAGUGAAUUGAUUAAACCAUGCCGGUUAAGGUUUUUUUAUCAAACCGCCGGUUAAGGUUUAGGUUUAUUCAAUUUCGUAUUAAAAUUAGAUUCGGUCGCAUUACGACUGAGAAGAGCAGUGACGAUGGAGGAGGAGCCAGACGCGAAUCAUCGUCGCCGGCAGAUCUGCAACAGCUGCGAUCGACCAAAUCCGAUCUGUCUCUGCCACGUCAUACCGAACGAUCCAAUCCCAACGAACACAGAGAUCAUCAUCGUCCACCAUCCACACGAGUCACGCCACAAGCUCAACACGACACCUCUCCUCACCAAAUCCUUAAAAAACGUCACCACAAUCCCCACCCGCCGUCUCCGCCGUCAUCACAUCUCCUCCGCCGGAGAAACCUCGGUCUCACCACCAAUAAGAACAAUCUACCUCUUCCCUUCUUCUCCUUCCUCUCCCGCCGUCACUAUAUCCGAAUUCAAAUCCCUAAAUCAACGCGACAUCUCAAACCCUCCGCCGCUGAGACUCAUCGUAUUCGACGCGACGUGGAAACACGCGAGUGAGAUGGUGAAGGCUAGCGAAGAGGUUCUAAGAGAAGCAGGAGCGGUUAGAGUGUGUUUGGAUACGGGAAUAGACGCAUCCGUGAGCGGAGGAACCAUCUACGACUCGGAGCUUGUGUUGAGGAAAGAACCAUUCGGAGGAUGUGUGACUACGGCGGAGGCAGUCGCACGGUGCUUGGGAGCUAUCGAACCGGACGGUGAAGAAAUCGAGAGGAAGCUGAUUAGUGUACUGAAAGAGAUGGUGAGGUUACAAUCUAAGUUCUUGAAGCCCAUGAAUCCAAGACCUAAGUUAUUGAAGAAGAGAUUACAGAUUCAGCAACCACUUGAACAAGAAUGAAUGUUGAUGAGAAUUAUUAUUAUUACAUUAGUCCAUUGUAGUAGUAACUCGGUUCUUCUGUAUCAAUUUGUAAUCAAACAAUUAGGUGAAUUUCUCAAAUUUAUUCA